GCUGUCGUCAUGCGUCCCCGACAAGCCUCACGUUUUCCCUCUGUGACCUCGGACUGUCGUUGAACUGAUGCACGCCUCCUAGCAUUAGCUUUGAUGAGAGUCCAUGGAGCCUUCAGAAACUCACUGAACGGACUGUCGUCGGCUUAACGAUUGUUUUUUUCUAGCGACCUUUUCGUUUCUUCCCUCGUCGCGCGCACACGCUGCUGAUCCAGGGCCGACGCAGAGGAGCGGGCGAGCAGGAAACAUGCCCGUAAUUGAGGAGCUUUCCCCCGAUGCGGGCCCGGUGUCCAUUCGGCCCCUCGAGGACGAGAUUGACGAUGACGAAGAUGAAGAUCUGGAUGAGACUCUGAUGGAGAGGUUGUGGGGCCUGACGGAGAUGUUCCCCGACACGGUUCGCACUGCUGCCGAGGUGUCUGCAUCAUGCUCCGUCUCACUGGCCAAGAAGUUUUACAGUUUUUCCCGCUCGGCGCUCUGGGUCGGCACCACCUCCUUCAUGAUCUUGGUGCUGCCGGUUGUAUUCGAGACAGAGAGACUACAGCUGGAGCAGCAGCAGCUACAACAGCAGCGACAGAUCCUGUUGGGGCCCAACACUGGAAUGUCCGGUGGGAUGCCGGGUAUGAUGCCUCCUGCACCUGGCAAGAUGUGAGACAUGGAGAGGGCCUGACAUGAACCUGAGAUCUGCUGCUAAGCGAUGUAGCGGGGGGGGAGGCGGUCGCAAGGAGAGACAGAGACCGUGGAGAAGAGCUGCAGGAUAAAAGAGAAGCAGAAGCUGGAUGUCAACAGCGUGAAAGGCCCGCUCCAACAUAUUGGAUUGGAGGAGGCUGUGAUGCGUUUUCUAACCUGUCUCUCUCGCUGUCUCUCCUUACUCCAACAUCACGCAGAGACUUAUUUCCAGGAGCACUGCUUCUAUUUUCAUUUACAUUUUUAAAAUAUAUCGGCAAUCGACAUGAAUCAUUUGUUCUUUGGGGCAUAGCAAGUGUAAGUGGAUAAACUGAAAGCGGAAAGGUUACCAAAUGUAUGUCUUGGUGUUUGCAGCCUGAAGAAGUUUGCUAUAUUUGUAAUAUUUUAGCAGUUUUGUCCACCAUCAUCUUAACGGACAGAUCCGAUGCAUCGUGAACAACACUGUAAACGCUAUUGUUGAUAUGUGGUCUACAGGACGAGCCUCUUGAGGUUCAACACGCUAAAUUUCACUCUUCUAUGUGGCCCAUUCCUGUUGGUACAUUUGUCACAUGUCACAGUUCAAAGUGUGUAUGUCAGAGUGCAAUGUGUCUCACUUCAGUUCUUGGACUGAUGUCUUUGCUCUAGAGUUUUAAGCAAUAGAUUGUAUAAUGCAGCAACACCAGAUUCCAUGGUGUUACAUUAUUCAAAGAUUGUUUGGUCCUUUUUUCUUUUGAUAGUAUGUGAAAAGUGAAAUUAUAUUGUCAUUGAAGAGAGGACAUGUGUCAUACGGUUUUUGACAUGUUAUGGUGGUGGACGGAAGUUUCAUGCUAAAUGUCUCUAUACUGUCCUGACAUGUCCAGUCUGUUAUUUUUUUUCUUCUCUUUUGCCAUUCAUGUGAAUUUACAAUCUCUUUCCUCUUUUCAGUGAGCAAACACGUGUCUCUGUUUUCUGGUCAACGUGACUGGUAAUUAAAACACCAAAUAAAAUGGAAAGCUCAGCAUUUA